UCCCUGUGACUUGCCUGGGUACAACUUCUUUCUCUGUCCAAGCUGUUAAAAAUCUAAAAUUUUACUAAUAAGAUUCUUUUAGUUGCGUGACAGAUCCAGCCUGCCCUUGAGCAAAAAUGGAAGCUAUCAAGAAAAAGAUGCAGAUGUUGAAGUUAGACAAGGAGAAUGCCAUUGACAGAGCAGAGCAGGCUGAGACGGAUAAGAAGGCAGCUGAGGACAAAUGCAAGCAGGUAGAAGAUGAGCUGGUAGCUCUGCAGAAGAAGCUGAAAGGAACUGAAGAUGAGCUGGAUAAAUACUCAGAGGCUCUCAAAGAUGCCCAGGAAAAGCUGGAGCAGGCUGAGAAGAAGGCCACUGAUGCUGAAGGUGAGGUGGCAGCUCUGAACAGACGCAUCCAGCUCGUGGAAGAGGAGUUGGAUCGUGCCCAGGAACGACUGGCCACAGCCCUGCAGAAACUGGAGGAGGCUGAGAAAGCAGCAGAUGAGAGCGAGAGAGGAAUGAAGGUUAUUGAGAACAGAGCAAUGAAAGAUGAAGAGAAAAUGGAAAUUCAGGAAAUGCAGUUGAAGGAGGCCAAGCACAUUGCUGAAGAAGCCGACCGCAAGUAUGAGGAGGUUGCCCGUAAACUGGUUAUUUUGGAGGGUGAACUGGAAAGAGCUGAGGAGCGUGCAGAGGUGUCUGAAGUUAAAUGCAGUGACCUCGAAGAGGAGUUAAAGAACGUCACAAACAACCUGAAAUCUUUGGAAGCUCAAUCUGAAAAGUACUCGGAAAAAGAAGAUAAAUAUGAAGAAGAAAUCAAGAUUCUCUCUGACAAGCUGAAAGAAGCUGAAACUCGUGCAGAAUUUGCAGAGAGAACUGUUGCCAAACUGGAAAAGUCUAUUGAUGACCUGGAAGAAAAACUUGCUCAAGCCAAAGAGGAGAACCUGGGCUUGCACCAGACACUGGACCAGACGCUAAACGAACUGAACUGUAUAUGAGCGGCGCAGAGCUGCCGGCAGCCAGCGGGAGCCAGCCCUGCCCCUGCCUCGCUCCUCCCUCCUUUCUCUCUCUGUAUCCUGGAAAAGCCACUUAAGUUAUGCCCGGCACAGCCACCCCGCGGGCUCCGGGCACGCCUCGGGGCCGGGCAGCCCCCGCCGCGUGUGCCGGGGCCGCCGCGUGUGCCGCGCCGUGGCUGUUCUCACGGUUCCUUAGUCCUCUCGUAUAAACCCCGGUAGAAGCUGCACCCGAGCGGUGGCGCCACCUCCGCUGCCGUUUCUUAUUAAACGAUUUUCUCACAGUA